UGUUGCUGCCAACUAGGACAGCUCACCAGUCAGUUUAACAUUUUUUUCUCAGGUGGGGAGGACUUUGGAGCCCACACAGUUCUUCCCUCACAUGCAGUUCCAUUUUCAAGCUGGAACGAUUUUUUAUUUCCUGAUUUCAGUGUGCAGAUAAUCUAACAAAGCCUGUUUAAAGUCUGUUGUCAGACUAGCAGUUCUCAUCUUAAAUUUAAAUGCACUUUCUAGCUUAAACACAUUGACUAGAAGAUUUAUUUUUUUGCAGAACACCCAAAGUACUCGUUAUUGCUAAUAAAUGUGUUUGAAAAAGGGACAAAUUGGCUGUGAAAAAGACAAAAGAUUAAAGGACACCGUUGUUGUGUACAGUAUGUGUAGCUGGGCUGAAAAAGUGGGAAUUGGAGGACAAAGCAGUCCCAUUGUCCACAGUUGUUGUUUUUUUAACAACACUGCAGAAGAGAAUACAUUUUGCUAUUCAGGGCAGGUACAGUUUUGCUAUUUGUGAUGUAUUCCAGGAGAUGAGACAUUCAUCAUAGCUGCUGUGUUGGCCAGACCUGGCUGAGCAACAGCAGCAGGGUGAAGUCAAGCUGAUCAACAAUUCCAUUUUUGCCUUCCUCGCUUCCUUCCAGAAGCCAGAAAACCAAAAAACUAAUGCACACACUCGGUUCCUUGGGGGAAUAUAGGUAUUUUUAACAAUAUGCUCCGAAAAAAUCCAAUUCCUCCAUCCAUCCUUUGGCACAGCUCCAACCUUUUCCAAAAUCCUGAACGCCACCCCAACCCCCGCCAAGAAGCACAUACAGAAGCCCACAUGCACACGCUCACACACAGACGUGCACUUUUACACACAUACUGUAGGCUGCAUGCACCCACUCACACACAUACAGCCUAGAGCCCCCAUCUUCUUAUGAGCUUCAUUACUCUGACCCCAGUCUCCCUUUCAUGUCUCAGAGGAUGUUUAUGCUGUGUGUGUGUGUGUGUGUGUGUGUGUGUGUGUGUGUGUGUGUGUGUGUGUGUGUGUGUGUGUGUGUGUGUGUGUGUGUGUGUGUCAUACCCAAUAGAAUAUGUGUAUGUAUAUUUUUUUGAGGCCCAGAGUAAGCAAAAGUGUGUUUUUGUGCAUGUGUACACUGUGACUACUGUAUAGUGUGCAUGCAGAGUGUGGUUGUGUGUGUACAAAUGUGCAUGUGUGUGUGUGUGUGUGUGUGUGUGUACGACUUCCCAGCCAAUUACCACAUCUCCCAGACAGACUGAGACUGCCUGGGCCCUGCCAGCCAAUCAGAGUGGGGCUGCGCACUGCCGGGCCGGAGGUGGUUGCUAUGGUAACCACGAGGCCUGUUUGCAUGGUGGCUGAUGGAAGAGUGAUGGAUUACAGUAAUGGGAUGGAGGGAGGAAGGUAGGGAAGAAGGAGGGAAGAAUGGAAGGAAGACUUGAGAGGAAGAGCGAGACAGAGGGAGACGGAAAACGGGGGAGGAGGGAAGGAGGAGGUGAGGAGCAAGGAGACAGGCUCAUACAUAAAGAUAUUGGAAAUGUAUGAAUGCAUCUGAAAUGAAGCGACUUAAAAAGAUGAAAAAGAAUGAAAGAAAAUGAUAAAGUGGGGGAAGAGUGGAGGAGGGGAGUAUUUGAAAUGGUGCUGGUGGGGGCAUCCAUGGUGCGAGAUUGAAUCCCCCGUUUUCCUUCUUCUCUCCGGGCAGAGAUGUGUGUCUGGCCAUCUGUCCUUGGAGCAGACCGAGAGAGAGAAGUUCCAGGAUGGCGCCUCUGUUUCCUUUUCUCCUGCUGCUCGUUUCUGUCUGUGCAGACGUUGUGGAGCGUUUUGAGGACGUACCUGACUGCAUGAAGUACUUCUAUAAGAGGAAGGUGCCCCAGUGGGGGGUCUCUACACCUGGCGCUGCCCGCCUCUGUCAGCGAUUCGUUAACAGGUACCACUUUGCCACGUUGUACGACACCAACAACCGCAUCGCCGUCUACUCUGCGUAUCAGUUCCAGCCCAGUAACGGAGGUGGCAGGGAGAGCAGGUGGUUUGUAGAGCCCCAGCUUGUAGACAAAUCGUGGCAAGCCGAGAUGAAGGAUGGCUACUGGCUGGAGAAGGACCACCCUGGGGUCUACCAGGGGCUGAAGCAGGCGCUGAAUGAGGAUUACACACACUCUGGCUUUGACCGUGGUCACCUCAACCCUAACGGGCACCAUGCAGUCCCAAGCCGCAAUGCCACGUUCACCCUGACCAACGUGGUUCCUCAGAACCCCAAGCUCAACCAGAACGCCUGGAGCAACCACGAGUCGUCGCUCACCAAGCUGUUCAACUCAAAGUGCUCCACGGCCUACGUCCUGGUUGGCGCUGUUCCCUCUGCAAACAACUGGAUCGUCAAGAACAAUGUGAAUCGCGUGAACAUCCCCGACUAUGUGUGGAAUGCCUACUGCUGUGUGGACAACAACGAGCAGCCCGUUGAGAGCGGCGCUGCCACGGCGAGGAACACAGAGGCCAAUUUGGUGGAGAAGCUGAGUUUGGAUCAGCUGAAGGAGUUCCUGCAACAGUUCUCUAAACAACCGACAGGGGAGCUGUUUUACAACAACUGCAAGGCAUAAGACGAGCAGACGGACAAUGAAAAACAUUUUAGGCAGAUUCAUAAAAGUACAUUAUUAUAGUGAAAGACCAUAAUUUAAUCAGAAUAAUCUUAAGUGCUUUAAAAUUAUGAAACUUCAUAAUGGAUGCAGCAGAAAAGAAUGAAAUUAUGCGCAUGAUUACUGCAUGUGUGUAUUUGUAAACUAAUGUACUGUAAGAUUUCAAGCUGCAACCCAUGAAAGCCCUUGGCGUGGUUAACCUGGAGCUAACCUUUAGGGAGACUAAAUUUAUUUAAAUACAAAGGUGAAAACCAAUGAGUAGUAAAAUAAGAAUCACACUCACCCUGCCAGUCUUCUGUUACUCUAUUAUAGAAAGUACUAAAACAAAGUCUUAUUAAGGGUGUUACCAUUUCAUGUUAAGGACAUAUUCUAAAGAUCAUACGGAUUCGAAAUUCAUUACGGAUUAUAAAUACACCACGUACACUACGCUACACGUUGCGUAAUUCUUAUGUGGGUUGGAGAGAUAGUCGCAAUACAAUAGAGAACUGCCUCUUCAGAACAGAGGAACCAUUCCCUAUAGCAGGAUGCUGCAGCUGUUUUUCCAGUUAAACACACUGCUGUGAACAACCUUCCUUGGAAAGCAGGGCAGAGGAGAUACUCCAAAGGUGUCAGACAGCUAAGUGAACCUGCAUCUGGUCUAUCACACUACAACUGGACCUUGUCGGUAGACAAUAAUCUGCAACCAUCUUACAGCAGCUCUUGCUCAGCAGUUAAAUAAACUUGUAAUAUAAUACAAUGAAAAUAAGCAAAAAUUAAGAUGCUUCACUGAGUUCUAUUAUUUUACUGUUUGUUAUUUGUGCAUUUUUAUUAGUUGUGGUGUUGUAGUAGUGUUACACAAAGAAAUAAAUGCUUUGGGCUUAAUUUAGACAUAAAGCACUUAGCUUGCUAGUCCUGUCUAUACUGUACAGCCACAGCAGCUCAUUAUCAUAUGUUACCAGGACACAUCAACAGGUGUUGAUUGUUGGCAUUGUUUGAGGUACAGUAUAAAAGAGAACAUAGGGCUGACCUAUUCUUCCUACAACUUAAGGCUGUGUGAGAUUACACCUGAUAUCACACUCACGGCAAGCCUGGACAGUAAUCUGACAGUCAGUACUGAUAAUACUGAUUACCUAUAAAUCAACUACUAUUUUAUUACUGGUUAGUGUGUUGCAAUUUAAUAAAGGUA